AUGCAUAAAUUCUUCGUCAGGGAGCGGAAAUACCGAGCGCCCGUCUCUACUAUCGGUGCGGUGGUCUUCACUGCCCUCUUCAGCUUGUCUUAUACCAGUUGGAUCGAGUACAGGGGAUUGGAUGGGAAAUUCCCUUACCCCUUCCUCCCUGCCGCGUCGAUGCCCAUCCGUCUGGCCAUCUAUGUUGGGGGUACCAUCUUUGCUUAUGCGUCUUUCAAGGUUCUGAACGGGCUGCACAAGUAGAGCUGCGCACCACCGCCAUCCGUUCAUCAUCCAACGUCCAUCACCCAUUAUCCGUGUAGCAUCUUGCAUUGAGGCGCUCACGUCUCGCACGUUCCCCA